UAUACUACUAUCGUACCCAGUUUAUACAACUUGUAGUUAUCCUGGUCGAUACGAUAAUUUGGAUCCAUAAUAAUCAAUACACGGCCCUGGUACGAUAGCUGCCAACGUUCAAGUUGUGAACUCUGAAUCCAAUCUAUUUCAAUCCGCUCACCGCUGUUUGUUUGGCACAAGUCACAAUUCACAACAAACAAUUCCUCGGAACAAAUAUUAACCGAUCACUGCGACAGGCACAAUCUAUCUAUCUUUUGCCUUUAUCUUUCUCGGAGAUAUUCAAAUGUGUAUAAUAUUCUUUCGCACUCUAGAAGUCUAGAAUCAUAUCCUUUUAUCUAUAGGUAGCACCUAAAUAACGUAAAUUAAAUAUUUGUUAAAUCUGUUCAGAUGAUUUGUAUAAAAGUUUUGCAUGGCAACCUCAAAGUUGUUUAUUAAUAUUAUAUUUUGUAAAUAACAACGAAAGCUUUGAUUAUUUUUAUGAAUGAGUUAUGAGUUGAGUAUGAGGUGAAAUAAGAAAUUGUGAAUAUCUAAUAUUUUUGUGAUAUUUUGUAAUAAUGGCGGGUUGCCGGAUAAAUGAGUGAUGUUCCGCGAAAGACUAAAGAAAGAAAACCUCGCCGCCAGAGGUCCAUCUAUCAGGUCCAUUAUAGUCUCCCUGCUUGCACCGAGAUGACAGCUAAGCCCCUAUCGAUGCCUUACGAUUCCCUGGAAGUCCACAAAUAUGGUCGACAAGUCGCUGGUCACACCAGCACUGAUGUUAGCACCAAGUACUUAGGGCUUCUCCAAUGCAACAACGGAACAAUUCUAAAACCGAUUCUCAAGGAAUCACAAAAACGUGAAGUCGACUUCUACACAAAGUUGUUCUCAUCGAACGAAAAAGAUUUGGUUGAACUCAGGGAAUUUGUGCCAAAAUACUACGGAUGCAAGAAAUUCACUUACAAUGGAUUUGAACAGGAAUAUAUUAUUCUCGAUGAUCUCACGGAAAGGAUGCUGGAGCCGUGCAUCAUGGAUGUUAAGAUUGGUAAACAAACGUGGGACCCCACAGCUUCAGAGGAGAAAAUAGAAAGAGAGAAAAGCAAGUACAAGAAGUGCAAAGAAGAGUGGGGCUUCUGUAUCCCAGGGUACCAGGUGUACAGGGUGGACAGCGGAGCCCUGCUCAAGUACGGGAAGGACUACGGGAAGAAACUGCAUGGACACGUUGUCACUGCAGCCAUCAAGAACUACUUGAACGGCCUGGGCGGUCGCCUCUGCCGCGCCUUGGUCUUGCAAUUCCUGUCCCGUCUCUGGGCCUUGCAGAGAUGGUGCUCGAGGCAGACCUCGUUGAGGCUCUACUCGACUUCCUUGUUGCUCGCAUAUGAUGCCGCUAAACUCAGGAGUUGCUGCGGGGAAACUGCUACCUUUGACGCGAAAAAAGAGAAAUGCCGCCCAGUGCCACCGACGCGUCGUAGGUCUAUUCACUCUUUGCACAGUCCCCUCAGCGGAUCCAACUUCAGCGGCCUGUUGUCCCCCACGGGGCCCGUAUACAAAACGCUCAGUCCCACGCGCCUCACGAUUCCUAAGCCUAUGUCCCCUCCCCCGGUCACGUCUCCCUGGACCGAAGCCCUCGACAAGUUGAACCACAAUCAUUCCUUCGAACACAAUUACGAAGAGAAGCUUAGCAAGAUUAAAAUGAACUAUCGAGCCGUUCUCGACCAAUUGAGUCAAGAUUCCCCGACCCCCAACCUUUGGGGAACCGUCAAGGUCAUAGACUUCGCCCACGCCUUCUUCGCAGAGGAAGACGAGAGAGCCGUAGACGACAACUUCAAGGAGGGCGUCGACAGUUUUGUGGGCAUUUUUGAAGCCUUGCUGAGUGAAACGGACGAUCAAGUGUUUUGAAUAAUACGAGAUAUUAUUUUUGUAUAUUGUAUUCAAUGUAUUAUAUAAAUUUGUGGCACUUCCUGAAAUACGUAAUUAAUGAGGUUUAAAUUCAUAAAAAAAAAUAUGUACCACAAAUUUAUUUGAUCCUACUUUGACAUAAUAGAAACAAUAUAAAUAUGUGCCAAAUACUUUAAUAAUUCAUUAUCAUUAGACUUUAUUAGAACUAAAUGUAUUUUUUUAUUAGAAUAAUAUAUUCCUUCAACCCAAGAAAUUCUAUGUAUGUAUUAUUCAAGAAAUACAAAACUAAUGUCAAAUGUUUGUGAUACUCUAAUUUCUAAUAUUUUAGUUAAAUAUAAUUUUAAAUAUA